AGGUGAGCUGCAGGUCAGUAAGUAUCCUGCCCCUUAACAAAUGGUUUUGUGUGUGACCACAACACCACAUCUGACAUCUCUUAUUAAAGAUGGGGGAGAGGUUGCAAACUCAAAAAAGCUACGUUUGCUCAUUUUUUGAUUGUGAUGCUAAGUUCAGUAAGUCGUGGAAGCUAGAGGCUCACCUUUGCAAACACACAGGAUUGAAACCGUUCUCCUGUGAGAACUGUGACAAGAGCUUUUGCACUCGCUAUCAACUCAGCAGACAUGAGCUCAGUCACAGUGGGGAGAAACCACACAAGUGUAUGGCUGACGGGUGCUCUGAGGCCUUUGUCACAAACACCAGCAUGAAGAACCAUAUGGCUCGAGUUCACCAGCACCAGGAGAAGCGAUACAAGUGCGACCGUCAGGGCUGUGGCAAAUAUUUCAACAAGAGGAAUCAGCUUAAAUCCCACAAGGGCGAGCACGAUCAGCUUCUGCCUUUUCAUUGUUCUUUCAGUGGCUGCACAAAAGAAUUUGCCUCACAUGGAAAACUGAAGCAUCACAAGAAAAUACAUGAAGGUUACCCCUGUGAGGCAGAAGCGUGUCCUUUCCAAGGAAAGACAUGGACAGAAUAUAUGAAGCACAUAAAACAACAUAAAGUCAAGCUGCUGUGUGGUGAGUGCAAGAAGCAGUUCAACAACACCUGGUUCCUGCACCAGCACAAGCUGCGUACCCACUCUGGACAGAGGAGGAAGCUGUCGUGCCCCAGACAGGGUUGCAACAAAAACUUUACUCGUCGUUUCAACUUGGAGAGUCACGUACUGGGUGACCAUGACAGAAAGAAGCCAUUUAGCUGUGCCUACGCCGGCUGUGGGAAGAGGUUCGCCAUGAAGGAGAGCCUGUGGCGACAUGGAGUGAUGCAUGACCCAGCAAAGAAAAAGCUGAAG